CUGUUACCCUCCCAAAAGUCAUGGUUAACCACCCCUAUUGAUGAAAGCACGCCUACCCUUCUCGGGCGUUGACGCAUUGAAAGCGCUCGACUGAGUCACCUUAGCUUUGGUGGGUCUGGGCGUCACUGACUGAGUGAGCGUGUGAAGUGUAGUUUUGGCUGCCAGGACUCGAGCCUUUGAACGGACGGGAUUACGGCUUAGCCCAGCGACUAACCCCAGAGAAGGCAGGACGGCUGACCCGCAUUGGGCCCAGCGCAUUGAUCGACGCACGGGGCUGGAUUCUGGCCGCGAUAGCGGAAUGGAUGGUCCGGCCGGCCGCGCUUUGCCGCACGCCGAUCCGGCCGUAGUGGAGAAACUGGUGGAAGAGCUCAAAUCCCAGGGCGUUUUCGAUCAGUUCCGCAAAGAGUGUCUGGCCGAAGUGGACACCAAGCCGGCUUUUCAGAAUCUUCGUUCCCGGGUGGAAGGUUCGGUCAAUCGUUUCCUAUCCAAACAGAGCUCCGGCUGGAAGCCCUCGCAAAACAAGAACCAUCUCCGGAAUCUGCUCCGAAAACACAUUCAAGAGUCGAGUUAUUUGGAAUCGGGUAUGGAUCGGAUCGUGGAUCAGGUGGUCAAUCCCAAGAUUCUGUCCGUCAUUGAGCCACAAGUCGAGGGGGUGAUCUGCAACUUUCUAGGCGUGGCCAAACCCCCGGAAGAGGAUGAGACCGAGCCCUCGCCCGCUGCAGAGCCAGUGGCCAAUGGACACAUUUCGGACGUGGAAAUGGGCGAGAAAUUAUCCAACAUCUCGUCUGAAGACAUUGAAAUGCGAUCUGCUGAAGACCCAACGUCAACGCGUGAUGACCCGGGCGCCCCUCCUACCGCCUCGCCGACAGGCACGCCUCAGAUCCCGGGUGGUGACAUUUCGCCUCUCACGCCACCCCUACCGCCCUCGCCCGGCAGUCCACACACCCCGCCACUGCCCCCACCCACAUCUGCGCCCUCGGCCCCGACUGAAGUCGUGAUGGAAGAGGUCAUCGCCCUCGAGGAUCAACACGCCAUGUCGCCCGUGAGUGACACGGACUUUGACAACGUGUCGCCUCCCAAAGAUUCGCCCAUCACGCCUUCUGAGAGCUCGCUCCCGUCCCCGCCUGGCGAGGAGUCACAGCCUCUGUCCUUGCCCCUGCCACCGCAAGCCCCUCCACCCCCGCCCCCACCGGCUCAACAACCUCCGCCACCCCCCGAAACGCCCCCAUUACCACCCGGUCCGGUGGGUCGACCGCCUUCGCCUUUGACCUCGCCCAUCGGAUCCAGUUCCGAUGAUAUGGACCAUAAUGAAGACACCGGCACUAGUCCAGCCCCGCCCAAUCCACCCCGUGGGGCCAGCAGUCUGUCAGGUCCCUCGGACAUUUCGGAUACCGAUUUGCCGGCUUCCAACUCCAACUCCGAAGGCGAAAAGGACAUGAGCGAGGCCGAUUUGAACGCCUUGGAGAAGGCACGAGCCGAGCUGCAGGCUAAAUUGGCCGCUGCCUCCAUUGAAGAAGACGAUUCCGAGGGUGAGAUCCGCACCGAUGAUGACAGUGAAGCCACCAACAAGAGUUACGUCGAGAAGUUCAACGAGAUCAUGAGCUCGGACGCAUCAGUCCCGCCCACGCCCGAUCAAAGCGGAUCCAAGAUACCCACGCCCCCUCCGGGUGAUGCGGUGUCGCCCAUCAGCGAUAGUAUGUCUCCUUUGGCCAUGUCCAAGACGUCGGAAGAGGUCAAGUCCUCCUCAUCUGAAUCGGACGAUGACAAGAAACCGGAAGGAGUCGGGAUGAGUAAGAAGAAAGAUGGCCAUAACAGUGAUGACGAUCGAUCGGGUAAUUCCGGGGGAGCCUCGGCCAAUCCGGAUCCCAAGAGUCAGCCCCAUCCACCGCCGGAAGAGAAGGACUCCCAAGGACCACCGGAUCAGGCAUCCAAGUCCCCAAAAUGUGACGAUAAGAAGAAUCGGCGAAGCUCGUCCACAUCCUCAUCUCACGAUCGCAAGCCACAUCGGUCUUCGAAGAAAGAGGAUGAAAAAAAGAAAAGUGGACAUUCGCAUUCGCACCCUCAUAAAUCUUCCAAACAUCGACCGGAUGACAAACAUCGGCGGAAAAGCACCGAGGAGAGACGAAGCAAGGACGUAAAAGACACUAAGGACACCAAGGAGACAAAGGACGCCAAGGAAAAGAAGAAGUUGGACAAGGAACGCAUCGAAAAGGAGAAGAUCAAAUUGCAGGCUAUCGAGAAAAAGAUCAAGGAGAAGGAUAAAUUUUCAGAUUUUGACAUGUUCGCGCCCAAGCCACCCAAGCCCAAAGCUGUUUUAUCGCGGCCGCCCAGUUCGGCAUCUUCCAAGGGAUCUGCCUCACCUUUGGCCUUUGGGGCCAAAUCCCCCUUAGCCUUUGGCUCCAAGACUCCGCCCGCUUUUGGCUCCAAGACCCCACCCGCUUUUGGCUCCAAAACGCCGCCCUCUUUUGGCAGUAAGACCCCCCCGGUCUUUGGUCACAAAUCGCAACCCAAGGCCAACGGCUCGCACGUUGCCAAUGGUCUCAAACCCCCGCCGCCUCUCAUCAAGACGUCUUCUGCCGGAACUGGAUCCCCUGGCCCUGACAACGACAAAAUGAAGAAGGUGAAGGCUGAGAAGGAGAAGAUUGACAAGGACUCGCCUAAAGUGGAGCGAAAGGUGUUCCCUGAGCUACCUCUCCCCAAGACCAAUGGGGACAAGUUGAAGCAACAUGAGGUGGAUAUCCUCGAGGCAAAACAGAGACUGGAAGAGGCUCGCCAAAAACGCUUGGUCGAAAUCAAGAAGCUCGAAUUGGAGAAGAAACAGAAGAAACGCUCUAUGUCCUCAUCCACGGGCGACAGUAGUCCCAGCUCCUCCGCCACACAUAGCAAGCCGCCCAAGUCUGAAUCGAAGAAGACCAAAGUCAAGGACAAACCUACGGUGGUGCCGAAAGAGCGAAAGAAGUUGACCUUGUCGGAUCUCAGUGAUGAGGAAGAAGUCUCUGAUUGGUCAGAUGCUGAGGCCCCGAGCUCGGUCCGCAACGCAAGCAAGCGUAAACGAAAGCCCGUGCUGGCCGAUUCAUCCGAAGAUGAUGAGGAUAGAGACGACGAGUCGGGCAGCAAAUCUGACAAGGGUCCUAAGCGACAGACUCGCACGUUGGCGUUGAAGGCCAAGGCCGAUUCAAUACUCAAUUCUGACCCGGCAACUAAGGUCUUUCAAGGCUUCAAGGAGGACGGGGCGGAGGAGGGAGAUCGCAAGACCGAUGCGCUGGAAGAACACAGCCGAGUAUUGGCCGAGUAUCUGGACGACGAGGACAACAUAUCCCUGGAUGAGGUUCCUCUGGACGAGCUGGACUUGCCCAACGAGCUCCUCACUCUCGAAGACCUCCACGAUCCGGAGGCCACGUGCAAUCUUUUGAAAGGCUUUGGGGGUCAUCCAACCUUAACACAAGGCCCUCCGCAAUGGCUCAAAGCCGUCCUGAGUUCGUGGAAUUUGACUCGAAGCGAAGUGAAUCUCUUCUAUCAAAGACCAACCAAGAUCCUCAGCCAAGUAAAGCCCAUCUCUGAAUACGCUUACAACCGGUCACGACCCAAGUUGGGUAGAAAAUCUUCGCCACCUCUUGAAACGUGGUCAACCAAACCGGUCGUUUCCACACCAGAGCCCGUAUUAUUCGACGAACCCGAUUUCUUUGGCUUUGAAUCGACUGCCGAGGCCGAGAAGAAGUUUCUCUUCAGAUUGAACCCGGAUUCCCCCAUCGAUGAGAAUGGGAACACAUUCGGUAUGAAAAGUGAGGACUUUCUCGACUUGGAACAAAUCGAGAACGACGAUGACGACGACGAUGGAAAAAAUAUAGUCCUUCCUCAGUUGAACGUGAACAUAGAAGAUCAACUGUUGCGAGAACUUGAAGUCUUGGCCGAUGAAGAGCCUGAAUCGGCUCCGGACCCGCAAACGUCGACGGAUGCCCCUCCCGUGGUCAAUGGGGGAUCCGAAGACCUGGACGAAGGUGGAUGUAGCCCACAGAGCUCCGGAAGUUCCAAGGAGAACCAGGAGGAUCAAGGCGUGCGACGGGUUUCAAAGAGAGCCGUCAAGGCAGACUUUGGUCCCUCCACCACGACGCUGUCCAAGCGUCCGAGACGUUCGGGUAAAGUCCAAUUAGCGCAAAUGUGAUGAGUGACUGAUGAGUGAUGACGGAGGCCAAGGGAAGCAUCAUAUGAUAGAUUGCUUGAUGUCCGACAAACAGUGAAACCAGUCCGUUGAAUGAUUGUGUUGGCUACGGCUUAGUGACAAGUAUUUGCAUUCUUCUUCCUGAUAAUUGUAAUGUGAUUGCUGAUCCCUACGCAUACGGUAAUGUGUCUGUACCCUUGGCGGGGUUUUCUGUCCAAAAGGCAGAAUCAUGUGUCGUAAUUCAAUAAACAGUUUUAAUUUUCA